AUGAAUAUCUCUAAUAUCAAUGAUCUCUCUUAACUUAUAUAAGGAAAGGAAGAGUAGCAUUUCACAUUUCGUAGGCUUGAACAUUAGGAUGUGCCAUAAAUUUAAUCUUUAAUGUCCUAUCAGUUUCUUAAUUAUAAUCCUGCAUUUAAGAUUGUUUAAAUAACCGAACAAGACAUUUAGAGUUGUUUUACAUAAGAGCUUUUUGAUUCGAUAAUUUAAGAGAAACUUUCCUUUGGAGCAUUUAAAUAAGAUGUGCUAGUGUCUGCAUGCUUAACUUACGAUUUAGGAUUUAAUGAUAAUUAAUAGGAUACGCUAGCACUAAAGCCAACCGAAAGAAUGCAAGAAAUUAUCAAUAUGAAUGACUUAUUGUUGGGUAAGUAUGCUGAUAACAGAGAAAUCAAGCUGAAUUAAAUGGCAUAUAUGAGCCAUUUGGCUACAAAAUCUGAUUAUUUUCAUCAAUAAUUAGCAUUAUGCUGUUGCUUUUUAUCAGCUCAAGAAUGUAGUAAGCUUGGCUUUUAAUAAAUGAUCACUGUGGCAGAGCAUGUUGCUACCUAAAAAACAUUUGAGAAAAUUUUUAAAACAAUAGUGGUGAUUAAAGAAAUUACAGAUUUCAAAAAUUAGCCAAUAGUUAUACGUUCCUUUAAUUGUUCAAUUACAUCUUGA